UAAAGAUAUGUUAUCAUUACAUUGUUUAAACCUCACAAUCUAUACUUGUUCACAUAAAUUUAUUUCUCAACUUAUUUUUGAAUAAGAAGACAGAUAUGGUUUUCAAUCACGAUUUCUGCUAAAUAUAAAUAGUAGGUUUCUACAACUAUGACGAUUGUGAAAUUUCCAUUCGAGUCAGCGGAAUUUCCAGAAGAAGGACAAAUAACGACGGAAGAGGUGGAGGAGUUUGGCAAAUUACUUGCGAUUCCCUCCAAAACGUACAGCUUCGUGUCUCGCAGGGAAUGGCGGGCUGCUAAAACUAAGCUGGGGAGGAUUAAACGUCCCGUUAAUAACAUUGUUGUGCACUACCGCUGGGGAGAAGACAAGUGUUACGAUCCUGAGUCAUGCAAGGAGUUUCUUCAAGACGAGCAGCGAAGGCAGAUCAGAGAGUGCGGCGAAGACGACAUACCUUUCCAUUUCUUGAUAGGAGACGACGGCACUAUCUACGAAGGCAGAGGGUGGAAUUACGUGUCCAGUAAGAAUCUUGAACUGCCCGUACGAUUCCAGUAUGGUUACGAUAGAUUUGACUUUGCCUACAUCGGGAACUACGAAGAAGACAACAGGAUAGAAUUAGUAAAGCCAGUGACGACCCUUGUACAACAUGGGGUGGUUAUGAAAUACGUAGCCAAACACUGGGCGUUGUUUGAAGAACCUUUCCCUCCAGAGUAUCACCUAGAAUGGCCGGAGAAACGUAAAGGUCCAAAACUUCCGAAAGUCAGUGUGAAUCAGUUAUGGUUCUGGUGAAGAAGACAAGUAGUGCUGAAGAACGUGAAGAAGGGGAGUUUGUUGAUAAAAUCAAAUAAGAUUAAUGAACAGGAGAAGUGAGCAAAUUUCACAAUCAACUAAAUAAAGAUAGCUUUAUUAUUUAUUUAACCAUGCAAUUGAAUUGGAUAAUCAACUAUAUGGAUAAUCCAACAUUAUUUUUAUGUUUUUGUUAAAGUUUUAAUAAUAAUGAUUUGUAUCCUAGUUGUAUUAAUAGACA